AGACAAGUUUUUAAUUUUUUUUAUUUAGUUUUAUGACGUCAUGAGGGUAUGUUACACACCUGACUGUUUUCUUUUACGGACAGUUAUUCGAAGUCUUUUAGUUUCAGUAAAAAUUGCACUUAACUUAAGGCAGGUACUACUCUGUACUCAGGUGAAUGAACUCGGGGGGAAGGUUAGGGGAAGAGCACACAGAACAAGUUUUAGAGAUGGGCUGGUAAUCUUGGAAUGAAAAAUAUUUUGUUUGACUCAUAAACUGUUGACGUGGCUUUUAGUUUUGACUUACCGGUGUGCAUCAACUUCAACUCAAGUGACAGCGCCCUGUAUUCUGUUGUUUUGGUUUGUUCUUUGAGAAGUUGAAGAACAUAUUUCUGAUUGGGUUAACAAUUCUCAUUUGAAACAAACAACAGAAAGAGUGAGAAAAAAUGGCUUUAAGAGAAAAAAGUAAAGCAACAGAUACAAGCAAGUCACUAAAUUUCUUGGUAAAGUCAUUUCUCGCAGGUGGAGUAGCAGGAAUGUGCUCAAAGACAGCAGUUGCUCCAUUAGACAGGAUUAAGAUUCUUUUACAAGCUCACAACAAUUAUUAUAAGCAUCUAGGUGUUUUUUCUGGACUUCAAGGAAUCGUAAAGAAUGAACAUUUAAUUGGACUGUACAAAGGAAAUGGAGCUCAGAUGGUGAGAGUUUUCCCUUAUGCUGCUGUCCAGUUUUUGUCCUUUGAAAUCUACAAAAAGUCACUUCAUAAAUCUCUAGGACACGCAUCUCAUUUCAGCAAGUUUGUUGCAGGAUCCAUGGCAGGAGUUACAGCUGUUCUGUUUACCUAUCCGUUAGAUGUGGUCAGAGCACGUCUUGCAUUUCAGAUCACAGGUGAACACAUCUACAAUGGCAUUUUUCACACACUUGUGUGUAUAUUCAAAACAGAAGGAGGAGUUCGAGCUCUGUACCAAGGAUUGUCGCCAACGGUUUUGGCGAUGAUACCAUAUGCAGGUUUGUCGUUCUAUGUUUUUGAAAGACUUAAAGCAUUUAGCUUGGAAUACUUCCCUACAACGUGUGGUCGACCAUGUUCUCGCAAUACCGGUGGAUUGGUACUAAUUGUCCCAGCUAAACUGCUGUGUGGAGGCUUAGCUGGUGCUAUUGCGCAGAGUGUAUCCUAUCCUUUGGAUGUUGCCCGACGGAGAAUGCAGCUCAGCAUGUUGCGCCCAGAGACCUACAAAUUUAGGAAAGGGUGUUUCUCAACAUUAUACCUUGUUUUUAAAGAGGAUGGGAUUGCAAAAGGACUGUAUCGUGGCAUGAGUAUUAACUACCUGCGUGCUAUACCCAUGGUGGCUGUCUCCUUUGCCACCUAUGAACUGAUGAAGCAGUUUUUGGGAUUGGAUACAGGUCUUGAUACCUGAUUAAAAAAAAAAAGUUUCUCAGUUAAAAUAUUUCAAAUUUUGUUUCGUCUAUAUGUGUCAUUCUUUUUUUUUCCUGGUUUUCACAAUUACACAAAUAACUUUAUGCUAAUUUCAUCCUUAUCUUCAUUACUUUGUGACCUAAUAUUAAUUUUAUCAUGUAUUAGAAUUUCAAAUUAAUGGAGUUUUCAAUAUAGCCAGAAAAUUUCAUCUUGUAGUAAAAUAUAUUUUAAACACUUGUUUCUGCUUAUGUGUGUGUUCAUAAUCAAUACAUUCACAAUUUAAUUAAUUAUUAUUUUAAGCAUUCUGUGUAUUAAAAAGUAUGUUAGUAAUGAAUAUUGUAUACUAACAAGGCCAGUGAGAAAUAGUAAUUAAAUAGGUAUGGAAUUUAAACGUUGAUCAAAAGAAGUAUUUAAGUAUAGAAAUUUAAAUCUAAUGAUUUAAUGAAAUGUCUUUUCAGGACUGAAAUCUGUAUCAAUGGAUUGAACCUUCAUGUAAGCUUAAGUACUUGUAGUUUUACAUAGUUUGAUGUGUGAAUUUGAAUAAUGUUCCACGUAUUGCGUACAAAAAAAAUCUUAUUACAAAGUUAAAUAUUCAGCCUCAUUACUUAAUUUUCAAAGAAAUAACUUCUUGAAUCAAAAAGCAAAUUAUUUUCUCCCCCCCC